AUGGCGCGACUAUUGGACCUUCCGGAUGAGCUGAUCUUAUUCAUUGUUAACUACGUGCAAGCAGGCAAUGAACAGACAACAUUGCCAUUCUUUGAAUGGGGAGAUGCGUAUAGAAGCGCGAUUGAACAGAAUCCAUCACAACGAGUCAAGGACCUGCGCUCUUUAUACCUUGUGUCACGUCGCUUCAACAAUUUGUUAAAACCAACCUUCUACCGCAACCUCUGCGUUCAUGCACCUUCAUUUCGCAAUCACCCUCUGGGCCAGCUGGAGCGUACACUUGAGACUGAUCCAAAUCUUGAAGAACAUAUCGUUUCAGCGAUUGUCCCUUGCAAAGACUCAAUACUUGACAUUUAUCGCUUUUUCUGGUUCCCCAACAUUCAGACACUCACCGUUCUCCGGUUCAACGACUGGGAGCCUUUGGAGUUUGAAGAUGAUUCAUAUGUUGGCACAUCACCGGUCACGACGCUGAAAUUGAUAGGUUGCGGAGCACAUGAGGAAGCUUUGGCCGCUGUACUGAGCUGGCCAGCCGCACUGGAAGUGCUCCAUUACGACGCUGAGCAAGGCGAGUGGGAAGGCCACUAUGGCGAUGAGCCCGCCAAAAGCUGGACAUGCGCUACUUUUGUACGAACCCUGCAGCCACACAAGGAGACUCUAAGGGAAUUGACCCUCACACGGCCGUGGCUCGAUCAUGAAGGGUUGGGCAACGGACCACGCAUUGACCUGAGCAAUUUCACGGCUCUGACCACGCUCCGCAUCUACCAAGUCUUUCUAUGCGGAUGGGACGACUGCCUCGAGGCCUGGAAAGGCCUUCCUCGUAACCUGGAGGAAUUGGAGGUCUUUUACGAUGAUACGGUCCUCACCAGGUUCGAUGAAGAUGAGUUUCUGCAGGGCCUAGUGGUGCACAAAGAGGCUCAUUUACCCCGGUUACGGACAGUGUCGAUCAACUCACCCGAGAUGCAAUGGGAAGACCCUCAACCUUCCGGUCCAUGGACACCGCCCUCUCCUCUGGCGCGAGCGUUUGAAAAUGCAGGCGUGAAUUUAGCCGUGUGGUUGGGCGCUACUGAAGCUCCAAAAUUUGAAGAACUGGACAUUCCUCAGCUUUUCGACCCAUCGAGAACAAGGCGCUGA